GUUGUGUUGUCUUGCAAAAGCAGCAGCAGCAGCUAGGGUUCCGUGAACUACUAGACGCGUCCUCCUCCUCAGCAGCGACCCAGUGUUGGUUUUUUCAUUUCUGAAUCGAAUCAUGGCAACCCAGAUGAGCAAGAAGCGAAAGUUCGUCGCCGAUGGGGUGUUCUUCGCGGAGCUUAAUGAGGUUCUGACCAGAGAGCUUGCUGAGGAUGGCUACUCUGGCGUCGAAGUUAGGGUCACUCCGAUGCGCACUGAGAUCAUUAUCAGGGCCACUCGUACUCAGAAUGUUCUUGGUGAAAAGGGAAGAAGAAUUAGGGAGCUGACUUCUGUUGUUCAGAAACGGUUCAAGUUCCCAGAGAACAGUGUGGAGCUCUAUGCUGAGAAGGUUAACAACAGGGGUCUCUGUGCCAUUGCUCAGGCUGAGUCUCUCCGCUACAAGCUUCUUGGUGGCCUUGCUGUCCGAAGGGCUUGCUACGGUGUCUUGAGAUUUGUCAUGGAGAAUGGGGCGAAGGGAUGUGAGGUCAUAGUGAGUGGAAAGCUCCGAGCGCAGCGUGCCAAGUCAAUGAAGUUCAAGGAUGGUUACAUGAUAUCCUCUGGUCAACCUGUCAAAGAGUACAUUGACUCAGCUGUGAGACACGUUCUUCUUAGACAGGGUGUACUUGGUAUUAAGGUCAAGAUCAUGCUUGACUGGGAUCCUAAGGGAAAGAUGGGGCCAACUACACCAUUGCCUGAUCUAGUCACCAUCCACACUCCCAAGGAAGAGGAGUACACUCCUGCAAUUGUGUCGACACCCUCAGAACUUACAGUAGCAUAAAACCAGAAAUGGAUGUUUCUGCACAACUUUCAUGUUUUCCCUUAUCAUAGCUUUUUGUUUUAUUCUAUUUCCGGGCUUGAGGAUACUAGAUACUUUGAAGAAGCUUUCUUGUCAGGGUUUUCAGAUUUUAGUUCUGCUGACUUCAAUUUUGUUUUCGUGGUAAGAGCAAUCACAUCAGUUAGUGUAUUUUACACAUCCAUUUUUACACUAAAAACCUACUUUUUCUA